CAAGAUUUGGGUUCAACUUUUAAGAAUCGCUCGGAGUUGACCGAACAGCCUCAUCAGAGUGGUCAUUCGACCAAACCAUAGCCUUGUAGCUAUAAUUAUAGAACUUGCAACCACGAAACGUCUCAAAUCUCAAGUCUGCACGGUGGCCGCUGCCUUUGACUGCGACGCGAUUUCAACGUUGGCGCUCUCAGUAACACCAAGGUCUCAACAUUUUUCUGAAGUGAAAAUGGCAGCACCUUCAGUUUCAAGUUUGCAAAUUGCAGCCUUUAAACCCUCUCUUUUCUCAGCUGGAAGAAUCAUAAGAGCACGCCUGGCACGUGGUGGCACCGAUCAUCAAGGGGCAUUGUGGUCUAAGCUUUCCAGUGCUUGUCAUAUAUCAUCUGGACAACUCUUCCACUGUACUUUCACAUCUCCCUCAAAAUUUAAUGAAGUCGUCACAAAGGCAAUGUGUGAAGCUGGUGAAAACAAGCCUGCACCUGGAUUGCCGAUCAAUUUGAAAGGGAAACGAGCAUUUAUAGCAGGCAUUGCUGAUGAUAACGGAUAUGGAUGGGCUAUUGCAAAAUCACUGGCUGCAGCAGGAGCUGAAAUUCUUGUUGGCACAUGGGUGCCUGCUUUAAACAUUUUUGAAAUGAGCCUGCGACGGGGGAAAUUUGAUGAAUCACGCGUGUUGCCAGAUGGUUCUUUGAUGGAAAUCACCAAAGUUUAUCCAUUAGACGCAGUUUUUGACAAUCCUGAAGAUGUUCCAGAAGAUAUAAAAACAAAUAAGCGCUAUGCUGGAUCCAGUAAUUGGACUGUUCAGGAAGUAGCAGAAACUGUAAAACAGGAUUUUGGGAGCAUUGACAUUCUUGUACAUUCACUCGCUAACGGCCCAGAGGUGACUAAACCUCUGUUGGAGACCUCAAGAAAGGGAUAUCUUGCAGCAAUAUCUGCAUCAAGUUAUUCUUAUGUUUCCUUACUUAAACAUUUCCUUCCAAUUAUGAACCCAGGUGGUUCUUCUAUUUCUCUCACGUACAUUGCUUCUGAGAGGAUCAUUCCAGGAUAUGGAGGUGGCAUGAGUUCAGCAAAAGCAGCACUUGAGAGUGACACAAGGGUUCUUGCUUUUGAAGCAGGAAGAAAACAUAAAGUCAGGGUCAACACUAUAUCUGCUGGACCAUUAAGGAGCCGUGCUGCUAAAGCAAUUGGGUUCAUUGAUACCAUGAUUGAUUACUCCCUAGCUAAUUCACCUCUUCAGAAAGAAUUAUCUGCAGAUGAGGUCGGAAACACUGCCGCAUUCCUAGCAUCUCCACUGGCUUCUGCAAUCACCGGUGCUCUUAUAUACGUCGACAAUGGACUGAAUGCUAUGGGAGUGGGAGUUGAUAGCCCCAUAUUCAAAGAUCUCGACAUACCAAAGGCCAAGUAAUGUAGGCACAAAAAUCAGGUUUUUAAGGUUGUAUCAUAGAGGAUUUCAUGGUCAUAACCAAGAAUGGACUUUGGCCAGCGGCGUCUUAUUAUAAAAUCUAUUGAAUUUUGUAGGGACUGUAUUUGUUGCCUGUUGUAACACUCAGAAGGAUUCCCUUGUAGAAUUUAUUUAUAGGCUCUCUGAACAGUUUUAAGAGUACCAUUUUAUCGGUCAUCUGUCAAUCCUCAUCUUGUUUGAAUUGAUUUCUUUCAUUUUGCAAAAAUGGCACUUGUGACUGUA